CGUCCGGUGGCCCGCUGGGCCCGUGGCCGUCGCCCUCCCGCCUCCUCGCAGCGCUGCCCGUUUCGCCCUCGGCCUCGCCUUCCCCGCCCCGGACGGGCCAGGAGCCCCGGCGGAGCAUCUUGUGACUUUUUACCUAAUUGGUCAUUGCAAGAAGCAUGGAGAUAAGAUUAGAAGUUUUGACAUCAACAAGUAUCAAGCAGAAAAAGCCCUGGCCACGAGUCUCCUGGUUAGGACAGGAAAAUGAAGCUGUUUUCCUUUUGGAUAAUAAAUUUAUAAAUGAAAUUAAUUUGCUCUCUGGAAGAACAAAGAAGAAAAUUCCUUGUCUGCAGCCUUUGUUGAAGGAUGCUAUUGUCCUAACAACAUCCAGUAAUGAUGCCUGGCUGGCUGGGGUACUCACUACAGGGGAGCUUUUUCUUUGGAACAAAGAUCAAGAUUGCUUGAAAACUGUACAGGCAGCUGAAAAGCCUAAGAAAAUGAUUCAAGCUGCAGUAGCAAGCUCUUUGAGACUGUACUUGUAUGUAUCUGAAAAUGGGAGAAGAGUUCUGCUUAUAACUCCUGGAUGCAUAUUUCUUUGGGAAUAUUUGGAAUUCAAGAAUAUCUUAUCUUCUAAAAGCCCUUCAUUGGUAGGCCAGUGGUCCCAGAUCAUACCUGAAGAAGCAGUUCAUUUGCCUUCUAAUGAAGAUAAAGAAGCUGUAGUGCAUGCUGUCUUUAUAAAAAAUGAGUUAUUUGGAGAUUGCUGCUUGUGUUCAUUUACUUUUUAUUCUGGAGAAUGUCUGAAGUUAACAUUUCUAGCAAUUCGGUGGCAUGAGAAUGUAUUUACACCUGUCAGAUCGUUGCCAUACCAUGUUCAUUGGGCACAACAAGACUGCCUUCUGUGCCAUCUAAUUCCCAAAUGUGAAUCGGUAAAGUCAAGAGGAGCUCUAAUUUCUGCCUUUUCAAGAGAUGGCAUUACUCUGGCAGUAACUCUUAAUCAGAAAGACCCAAAGGCAACUCAGGUAUUGUUUAUAAACACAUUGAAUUUUGUUACUCUCAGUGGUAGCCUGAGAGGGUGUAGUAAUAAGAAUCCUGUGGUUCCACCUACACUUAUCAGGUCCUACUGGGUAGGUGAUAUCAGCUGGACUCAUGAUAGUCUUUUUCUGGCUUGUAUGUUAAAACGUGGCUCCCUGGUUUUAUUGACCUGUCAAGGUGAAUUGGUAACAUUAAUUACAUUUGGUUGCUCUAUAGAAUUUGGGCCAGCAGAAUUUAUUCCUUUUCACCCACUCAUAACAUAUAGACCACAGCAGUUUACAUUUCAAGAUUCAAAUAAUUCUGUAGAUUCAACAGCUUCUGAUAGUGACCCUAUGAGACAGAGAUUUUCUAUCAAAGCACACUCAAGAUUACCCUACCUCAUUAUUUCUGAUGGAUACAUGGUCACAACCCUUCGAUUUCUUGAUAACCUCUCUCCAUCAGUGCUCAUGAGAUCCCUUCUACUUGAUUCAACCCAGAGGCUUGAGAAAAUGUACCAAAGUAUGGUAUUGUCUAAGCCAAAGGGCAAAGGACUGAACUUGCGAUCACUGGAUUCCCUAAGGUCUAGCCUGUUAAAACACCAAGGGAAUAAAAGUGUAGCUGAUUCUACUGUCCCCAGAUUCUUACAGGCAGAAGAAACAAUGAACUUAAAUGAAAAAGCAGAAGAUUUUCAGGAUUUUGAAGCAGAAGAAACUAAUGAAGGCAAACACUUUCCAAACAACUUAUUCUCACUUUGGAACCAAAAAAAGGAUCCAUUGUUUAGUAAUGUCAAGGAGGGAAGAUUGGAAUUUGCAUCUAUGUUUGAUACAAUACAUGCAGAGGAUAAUACAGAGGAGACAGACAGAACCAUUACAGAACUGCAUUCUGUCCAGAAGAAUCUCCUUGCAGCAUGGACUAUAGGAAUUUCAAAAAAUGUAACAGAAAAAAAUUUAAUGUUAAAUUACACAGUAGUUUGUAUCACUCAUUUUUUCUACAUUCUUCAAUUUAUAAGAUGUCCUUUCCCCAAACUUGAUCCUUUUUCAAGCGAGAGCACAAGACAUAAUACAUGGGUACUUUGUAUCUUUCAACUUUUUCAUCAGUGUUUGUCAAUCCAGUAUUGGGAUAUGAGAUACAAACAAGAUGUGGGACAUUUGGUAAAGCUGACCUCAAAUACUAUAAAGCUUUUGCUGAUUCAACAACAGCAGGGUCAGUUAUUUUCAGAGAAGCUUUUGGCUUGUUUUCAUUUACUCAAAAUGGUAGCUGCUUAUUUAAAUGGCAUAUAUAUUCUUCAACCUGAAGUUAUUUCAACGUCAGUUGAUGGAAGUAGAACAGCAAAUCAAGACAAAUUGGUGGUACCCAUUUUUCGAAUGUUUCAAGGUAGUGGUUCUCAGGAAAACUGGUCUUGGAGUUCAUCUUUCAAGGUUCAUCCUCAAGUAGUAAAUCUUGCUCAACAACCAGGACACAGAUUGGCUGUUCUCUGGAGAGUGUUGUACAACAAAACUUUAUGGUAUCAAACACAGUUAAAUCAAAGACUUCCUGAUGGUGACAGACAGUUAACUGAAAAGAUGACACAGGAAGCAUCUACUGUCAAGGCUCUGCUAUGUCACAUACAGGCUAACUUACAGACUGCUGGAAUUCGCUUGAACCAGGCGUUAGAACUUAAAUCUAUCGAUGGUGAAGAGUGUUUCCUGUUAGGAUCAUAUGAAAAAUCUGUCCUAAUGUGGAAGAAAGCUCUACAAGAAACUCAAGAGAAAGGAGGAAGAAGGACAUGUUUUCUUCAGAUACGCUAUUAUCUUUCUCUUUUCUACUGCUACAUCUAUAGCUAUAAUUUAAAUGAUGCUCAAGGAUUGUGUGAUCAGCUAGUAAGAGAAAUAUUGAAGUGGUCCCACCUACCUGUAAAAGAAAAUGAGGAUUGUUCAGUUCCUGAGAAGUCUCAUUCUGAGUUUGGAAUGACGAGAGGUGCUCAUCCUGAGGCGGCAGUGAAGGUUAUCCAGUCCAUGGCUCGCUUCAUGGCCGCCUAUUUCACCAAUCAGCCGCUUUGCAUUUUGCCACCUCACAAUGUGAAUGUUCUUCCUCCCCUUCAUACUAAAACAGAACAGUCCCUUCGACUUAUUCCUCUGCAACACUCUAAGGUGGCCAGUGUUGUAAGAGAUCAGAAUCUUUCUAAUGUUUGGACAGUUGAAUAUGCCCUUGAAUUAUUACUUAUUGGUGGCCUAGUUCCAGAGGCUGUGUGGUUGGCACAUAAACUUGGAGACUGGAAGACAUCUGUUUCAAUUGGUGUGGCCUUCCAACUAUUCUGUAAACAUGAUAGUAAUUUCACAAGGUCCAAGAAAAAGGGUCUGAAUUUGCCAAUAAAUAUGACUCCAGCACAGAUUUUCCAGGAAAAACUGCAGUGUUUUUUAGGUCGGCCAGCCUCUUUGGAAACAAAAAAUGAAAUGGGCUCAAAAUACAAACAAUUUACAGAUCCCAUUGAAGAAGAAGAUGCAAAUCUCCUCUUUGGUUCAGUGCAGGAAUUACUGAAAGCAGCAGUUAUGGCUGAUGCAGAUAUUCUUUCAGAGACGUUUCAACUUCUGCUAAACUCUGCCAAGGACUUCAGUAAGAGACUGUGGGGCUUAGUCCCGGUCGGCUUGUAUCUCCCGGCUCCUCCAUUAUAUUGUCCUCAGCCAGCUAUUCUUAGUGAAGAAGAUGGUGAUGAUCUUCUUUUAAAAGCUGAAAAGGAUAAUCGCCAAAAGGUGUCUGGAAUCCUUCAGCGUGUUCUCUUGCUUUUCCGGGCAGCUCGCUGUUCUUUUCCGGUAGCACAGUGGUACAUCUUGCAGUUGAGAUGGGCAAGAAAAGUCAUGCAGAAGAUUCGAAUGAAAGGGUCCCUUCCUUCAUUGAGUCCUUUCCCUGAGUCAUUACUUAAUUAUUGUAAAGAAGGUGUAGCAUUCUUUCGACCUGGAGCAACUGGAGACAGCAAGCUUGAUGAAAUUUCCGUUAAAGCAAUAGGUUGCUUCAGAGAACUUUGUGCUUUGUGUUGGAUGCUACAUGUUCGUGAUAAGUUAUCCUAUAGUUGCAGGCAAUAUCAGAAAGCAAGAGAAAAUGUGGAGGGGAAAAAGGACGUCGAAGUGGAGUUUGAUUCUUGUAUGGUUGAGCACGGUCUCAGUGCAGUGGAGUGGGCACACAGAAUGCUGCCCUUUUCUCGGUUUUCUAAUAUUGAAGAACUUAUUCAGGAUCUAAUUUUGAGCCUUAUUGGGGAACUGCCACCAAUCAGAAAGGUAGCAGAAAUUUUUGUGAAAGCAUUUCCCAAUCCUGAGGACAUAAGGGUUCCUUUAAGAGAAAAAUACCACUGUCUUCAACAGAGACUCAGACACUGUGUUGUGAAAGGUCCCCAAACUGAGGAAAUGAUGUCUGUUAUUAUGCAUUCUGUUCAUAAAGUGAGAGUGAAAGCCCUAAAACGUGUGCAAAGAAAUAUAGGUUCUUUUGAAAUGAAUAUCUGGGAACCAAUUGAAGAAGAAAAACCAGCUGAGGUUCUGGGUUUUGAUAGGUUUUCCCUAGGAACUAGUUUGAGCAGGAGCACACUCACAGAACUGGGGAAUUCUCUAGUCCACAGUGAUGCAGAUACAGCAGAUACCUUCUCUGAAGCAUUGUCAGUUGAAGAAAAAAGUAGGAUACAUUUCUCUGAAAGAAAUGCCCCAAAUCACAUGGAAUUAAAAUUGAUUAGUAAGCCCAAGGAAAAAAAGAAGAUCUGUAAUCAGAAAGAAAAUCUUGAAAGAAAAGAUCAUGAAAAGCUAUUACAAAAUGCACUGCCUGUAAUAGGUGUUUGGGAAUUUGAACGUGAUGAUGAUGAAUAUAUUAAAUUCCUUGAUCUCUUCUUGAGUUAUGUUCUUGAAAGAGACCUACUUGAUUCUAAGGAUCCUGGCAUUCCAUUUCUAACCAGUUUUUCUGGACAUCUUAGAGAAUAUGAACUUAAUUCUUUACUUUUUGAUGUACAUACAACAUUAAAACGACGUCGAAGCAAAACCAAAAGCCAAAAUGUGUUUAGAGCUGGCUCUUGUUUUGUUGUUGCUCCUGAGUUAUAUGAAUCUGAAAAUCCAGAAAACCAAGCACUUUCAGCUUCAGUACUGGAUCAAGGAAUCAGGUCAUUUUUAGAGAACCCUUUGAAUGAAGUCAAUAAAAUUGAAGGGACAAGUGGAUUGUUCGGUUUAAAACAAAAGUCAGUUUACAGAACACAAGAUGACAGUUCAGGGAAACCUUUAGUCCAGAGAUUGUCGAAUCAUAUGUUUUGGACUCCCAAGACCGACAAAACUGGAAGAUGUAUUUUCAAAGCAGUUCAAUGCAGUGAUAUUAACCCUCAAGAAGAUCUUCCUUUAGCACUAAAUAACACAUUUGGCAGUAUAAGAAAGCUGCUGGAAUGGAUGAUAAGGUGGUCUGACAGAAGACUGCUCUGUGAUCCUAGUCUCACUGAGUUAUCCUGUGAGUAUAGCCCCGUCAUUCGUGUAAAGACCUCUACAGCUGCCAUUCUUACAUCAUUGUGGCUUUUGGAACAACCCUAUUUUGCUACAUAUAAGGCAAAAAAUGCCAUUUUUAAGGUGCUAGAGAAUCAUUACUCUCCGUCUCAGAGUGGACCCGACAUUGUGAGUGAUUGCAAAACAGAUGCUGGCUGUUCUGUUGCAGUAUCCACUCAAAGUGGGACUGAUGAAAGAAAUGAUCAAAACAAAUCUCAUCAAAGUAUGUUGAAUGGAAUACCAACUGAAGCAUUCAAUCCUGAAACAAAGGAAACCAAAGAUAAGAUUAUUUCUGUUACUGAUGAUACUGAAAAAGAAUUUAUAGAUAUUGAUGACGAUCUUCUAGAGGUAGAAACAUGUAACCAAGAGGAAAUGGAAAUACAGCUAUCAGACCAUAAAGAAGUUACCAAAGAUCCUAUUGGAAAUCUUAAAAGUUCCCAUAUUGCCAUUUACACGCAGACUUUACCGCAGCAUUUAGAAGAACAUUCCACAGGAGAGGUUCAGUGUCCAAGGGAAGAACCAUUGGAGACAUGUAUGGAGAGAAAAUCAACCGGACAGAAAGGUAUGAUCGAAACCUUUUCAAACCCUGAACACACCGCUACGUAUUCAUUUUGUGUAGAUACAAGUUCAGAAAUUUCUAGUGGCCAGAUCUCUGCAUUUAAAGAUCCGUCUUCCUCAGUUCCACCUUUCAUAUCAAAUGGAGUCAGUGUGUCUUCACAAACACCUAUGCCAACACCACAGCAGACCCAGAGAAAUGAACCCAGGGCUCAAUUACCAGAUUCUUCAGAUUCUGUGAGGCAGAUGCUCCAAGAUGAAAUGUUUAAAUUAGUUCAGCUGCAACAGAUCAACUUCAUGAGCCUAAUGCAAAUAGUAGGAUCAUCCUUUGCCAACCUCCCAGAUACACAUCAACUUCUACAGCAGUCUCAGCCUGUUCGUUUGGUGGGAAGCCAAGUAUCAAACCCCACAAGAGGGAGUAGUGAUGUUGAUGACACCAGUAGAAAUUUUAAGGAGAAAUCUUUUAUUAAGCCACAGUCCAUGGGAGAGUAUACCAGAGAGCCUGGUGAGAAGAGUCCACACUGCCAUAAAGGAAUUGUGCAGGACGAUCAAAAUAGUAAUGGAAAUGUGCAGAAUAUACCACAUGGGAGUAUUCCUUUAUGUGAGUCAGAAGGCCCACCUCAGAAUACAGGAUUAACUCCAGCAUCUCAAAGCUUACCAACUCCUGCACUGUCUUCAGCUCCUGCUGGAAGUACUGCCCUCUACCUUUUGUCCCCAUCUUCUGCCAUUCUGAAGACACCUAGACUAAUCCCAGCUGCAAAAACCUUCAGGCCUGGUGAUGGUUUUCCUUUGCUUCAGUUUCAGCCUAAGCAUGAAUUUAAGCCCCUUUCCUUCCAUACAGGAAGAGCCCCACAAGUUCCCUUCAGGCCCCCGCCACAGCCCAGAGAGGCUUGGGGAUUAUCUGAUUCCUUCCAGCCUCCAUUGCUACAGAAAGCAAUGCACAUGACUUCAGUGCCCCAUCUGAAUUUGAGCCAGUAUAAUACUGAAGCCACAAAAAAAGUAAUGGAGCAGAAGAAAUGGGCAGAAUCUGUAAUUACAGAAAUCCCUAAGCGUGUGAACGUGGAUCAGUGUGUUGGACAUGAAAAUUUGACAUCUCAACAGGACUCUUCAGUGUUUAUAAAACCAGAAAAACUACUUGAUGUUAAGCCAGGGUCCCUUGAAAUAUGGCCUCAGAAUUCUUUCGGACUUCCAUUAUUGCACCUGCAACUUAAGCCUCCUUAUAUAUUUUCCUCUGCCUCAACAGCAUCAGUAGCAAUUCCCUCAAUACCUAUGAGAACUGUAGCAGAAGAAAGAAAAUACCCAAGGCUUUCAUUACUUCAUUCAUGCCUAUCCCCGGAAAAUACGUACAAAACCCCACAACUUAUUCCCCUUGAGAACCUCAUUGCAUUCAAACAAAGCCAAGAGAAACUAGCACCUAAUUUAUUUGAACAAGGCGAUUUUGGACACCUUCGGCUUCUAAAGGUCAAAAUAGAACCAUCUGAAGUGAGACAAGGAAAGGACAGUAAAAAAAGACAAAGACGACGAGCUGAGAAAGAGCUGCAAGAAAAAAUAUCAGAGAAGCUAAGGAGAAAACCAAGUGUGGCUUUCCAACCAGAGAGUUCCAUUGUUAAUGAUAAUGAUUCAGAAAUAGUUAUGAAAUCCAAGGAGCAACAAGAACAUGGUGGUUCCCAGCCUUUGGAUGAUUUUGACAUUCCUUUUGAAAUGCUACAAAAUGAUAUUAAAACUUCAGCUGGAUUGCAUUUCAUGGCCUGUGUAAGAAAGAAAGCUGUAGAAUGUCAGGAUGCAAGUACAAAUACAGACCCAGAUAAAAAAGCUGCUUCUCAAGAAGUUGUUUAUGAAUGUUGUAAAAAUGAACAAAUCAUUUCUUCCAUAUCAGAACAUGAGCCUUUGAAUGUUCCUGAAGUGUUGGCACCAGAUGUAUAUUUAAAUCUCAAACUUUCCACUGAAAUAUCAGAGAAACCUUUGUCACCUUCACCAUCUGAUCCGGUUGGACACACUUACAUAAAUGUAGUUGACAUUAAAGCUGAUGAUCUACAGGAAUUGCCUGUCAGAGAAGAGCCUUCAGAUGAUAAUAUUAUCAGACAGCAAAGUGAUCAUCUGGAAGUCCCAUCUUCUGCAGAGUUACAUUAUAUGGCAGCUUCAGUUACAAACACUGUCCCCCUGCACAGUUUUAAGAAUGAAGAGUCUGCCACUUCCACCACAGAUUUAUUUUUUAAACCUGCAAAAGUGUCUCCAUCCUGUCUAGAUGGAAGAAGCUGGAGGGCAGCAAUUUCAGAAGAGAAGGAGCCUGCUAUCGCCUCACCUAUACCAUCAGAAAUACAGCAGGAUACAGAUAUGCUGAAGCCAGAUUGCCGAUUCAAAGAGCAGAGCUCAAAGUCAUCUGCCGCAGAGGAGUAUCUGCUCUGGGAGCUACUGCGGGAUGUCUCUGCGGCUCGUCCCGCACAGAGCUCUGCAGCUCGCCGGCUAGAGCAUCUUACGUCUAAGCUUCAGAAAAUUGAUGAACAACUGUUAGCAAUAGAGAACAUUGCUGAAAACAUAGAACGGGAUUGCCCCAGACAAAAAGUGCUAGAUCGACAUCGUGAUAAGGGUGCAUCCUUAGACCAUAUUGAAUUGUCCUCUGGUCUUGAAUCUGAAAAAACAUCUGCUUCAAAAGCCACUGGUAUUUUGGAAGCACAUUUCCUGACUCAUAGGAAUGAGGAGGAUCAAAGUGACAAAGAGGAGAUUUCAGAAGCUGAAUUUUCAGUAACAGAAACUCAUUCUAGUCAGAAAACCUGUGUAUUUCCUUCUGCUGAUUCAGCGGUCAGCCUUUUCAGUGGCCAGAGUACAACUUCUCCUGGUGUGAAUAACAGUGAUGAGUUAUUCGAGAGUAUUUCAGUAGACCCACUCCAGAUGACUGGAUUGACUGAUAUUGCCGACAUUAUUGAGGACAUUAUAACAAAAGAUGGAGUUUCCAGUGAAGAGCUCGGCUUAACAGAACAACAAGCUAAGACUAUCUCCAGAAUUCAGCAUUCUUCUGGUAGACCAACACAAAGACCUGAGAAGGAGAGAAGAGAAAUUCAAAUGUGGAUGAAAAGAAAACGAAAGGAAAGAAUGGCAGAAUACUUAAAUGAGCUGGCGGAAAAGAGAGGGCAAGAACAUGAUCCUUUCUGCCCCAGGAGCAAUCCAUUUUACAUGACUUCAAGAGAAAUCAGGCUAAGAGCGAAGAUGAAGGAUGAAAAAGACAGAUUGCUACUCUCUGACCACUAUAAUCGUCGAAUCUCACAAGCGUACAGUCUGAUGAAUGAAUUGUUAUCUGAAUCAGUACAACUACCAACUACUGCACAGAAACCAUUGCUUAACAGACCCAGAACUGCUCACGUUUCCAGACAGCAAUGUUCUCUUUCUCCAAGAAGAGAAUAUCAACAUGGUCACAGUAUUCCAAUAAAUCAACCUGGAAAAUUCAGAUAUAUAUUCAGACCAAGUUGUACCCAAAAGGGAAAAGCUUUUGGACAACCUGAAGGCCCUCCUUGGCCACAUGACUGGAUAUCCCGAACAAAUCCUAGAGAAAUGCAGUCUGAUCUGAAGAGAAGGAAAUUACAAAGCCAUCCCUGGGUAAAGCAAGGUUCUAGUGCUCCGUGUGGGAGUCUGCAGUGUACGAAAAAACACAUCAGUGCUGAGCUUUCACCUCGAUCAAAGCAGGUGCGUAUAGAGUAUGAGAGAGAGACCGUGGUGAGCCCCUGGACAACUGUUCACGAGAGUCCUGCUUCCCUUCUACAGGACCUGGCAGCAACCGAAGAAGAGCUAGAGCCUCCUUUCGGGGUGGGUGGCGUCGACAGUGUGUCUGGGAGCACUGGCAGCAUCCUCAGCCGACUUGACUGGAAUGCCAUUGAAGACAUGGUGGCCAGCGUGGACGACAAGAACCUGUCUCUCCACUGGGCCCUGGACCUGUAAGACCUGCGUAUCAUUGUGUUUCCCAGCAGAGACUAGCAUCUCAGUGAUGUAGUUCUGAAAGAUUGGAGUGUUUAAGGGAGAGAAGCAACGAAGGAAGCAGCAUGAAUAUACCACCUGCAGCCAUAUCAUUCCCUGGAUUAGCCAUUUCAAGAGGGAAAAUAAACACUUCUCAAUAAUUUUGCCUUCAGGGGAAAGGGUUGUUUAACUAUAGAUACACGCUUUUGCAUUUGGUAUCUCUUUAGGCAUACUUUUUACAAUGAUGAAAAGGACCUGUCAAGCAAGUUUACAUAAUAUUUAAGUUAUUUAUUAUCACCUCCUCCUUUACUACCCCCCAAGUUUUGAGAAGCAACCUUAUAUGGAUAAACCCGAUGGAAAAAAUUCUUUCGUUGUGGAGAAGAAAGUCACAAUCUCGCCCUGAGAUAUAAUGAGCUCCAUUUUAAAACAGAGCCUUACUCUGUUUUAAGAGUGCAGGCCUGGCCCAGGAGUGAAAAAGGAACCACUUUCCACCAAUACUGGACUUCUAAAUAAGCCAAGUUUCACGGAGGCCAGAUCUGUCCUCUGCUCUGUAACCUGAAAAGCCUUGAAGAAACAGUGCUGGAUGCUUUGAGUGGGAAACAGGAUUCCCGACUCUAGAAAGCUCACGUUAACUUUAUAAAAACUACGGUGCAGAGACGUGGGUAGUUUCUGGCAUUGCACCCAAAUAAUAAUUUGGGAGAUAAUUUUUGUGAGAAGAAACUAAAAACCUUCACGCAUUUGUCAAUUUUUGGUGUAGUAUCAAAGAAUACUACUGUCUGAAAAAGCUAUGAAAUAUACCUCCUUUUCCAACUACAUUUGUGAGGCCAGAUUUUUUUCGUAUAUACUUUGACCAGAACAACAUGCUGGAAGAGGUUGAAUGCAGAAGCAGGUAUGGGAAUUCAGCUGUCUUCCAUUAAGCCAAACAUUAAAGAGAUUUGUAAAACUAUGAAACUGCUACUCUUCUCAUCAAGUUUUGAUUUGGAAAAUAGUUAUCUUUUGUAAAUAUGUCUUAUAAACAUUGGGUCAUUGUAAUUAAAAAUGUUUAAACAUU